ACAAACCACAAGAAGUGCGUUUGUUAUGGCGUUUUUGACAUUAUUAAUAUUUCUACCUGGAGCUUGUUGAUGGAUGGCCACCUUUGUGCUGUUCUGAUGCACAUGAGGACUCGCAUCACGAGAGCUCUCCAUUUGGAUUCAUUCUUUCAACUUUUCUAAUGGGUUCGCUAACAAAACAGCAGCGGACCAAAGAUGUCGGAUCUCACUCGAGUAGUCGUUGACUCGGACGCUUCGGACAUUUACAAGAAUGUGUUCUGCAAUCCUGCCUUUGAGUUGGAAGGAGAGCGAGAAGAGCAUGUGGAGGGAUUUGGAAUGACCUCAAUUACCCCUGAGCCCAUCAAACCACCAACUAGUAGCUUUGCAAGUCGAGGCUGGGGUCUCUUCGUGGUGUGUGUUCUACCUUUGCGGGGUGCAGGUUGUGGCUGGGGGAAGGUAGUGGUCUCUGUCGCUGCCCUGCUCCUGGUUGUGGCCCUCGGCCUGACACUGGCCCUCAUCCUCACACAGAUGAAAGGUCAGGAGCUUGAGGAGCAACUGUUGUCCACCAGCCCUCCGGACCCGUUGAGUGCAGGAGGUGGGGAAUUACCUUCAAUUCCUGCAAACAGAAGCCAGCUAGACAGUGUGCCAGUACUCCACCCUGCCAGCAUCCCUACGACUGAAACACGUUGUGGUGGAUUUUUGACGGAUUCCGAAGGUUUUUUCAACUCACCAAACUACCCGGGCUCCUAUCCCCCCAACACCUUGUGUGUGUGGGUCAUCCAAGCUACGCCCCCUCAAUUAAUUCAGAUCCAUGUGACCUUUUUGAAUAUUGAGGGUCCCUCUCCCUGUUUGUUUGACUGGCUGGAGGUACAGGAGCAUCUAGAAGACAGCUCUGUGGUCACAAGGUUUUGUGGCGCAGUAGCGCCACCAACAGUCAACACAAACAGCAGCACAGUAUGGGUGACCUUCCAUUCUGAUGGCAGCAUUGCAGGCAAUGGCUUUUCGGCUCAGUACAAGGCCUUGCUGCCUGGACACAGUCAGUGGUUUGUGUGCAUGGAUGACAAACUAAAGGAAAAUCCUUUCAUUUGUUACCUGCCCAUAUGCAACAUGCUCAUGUGUCAUAUCUAUCCAUGUAAUGUGCACCCGUGUGCUUGUUUCUCAGAAAGUUGCUCCAGAGACGAGUUCAUGUGCGACAGUGGCCGCUGUCUGCUGCCUGCGUCGGUGUGCGACGGCCAUCCAAAUUGCCAUGACCAAAAAGACGAGGCUAACUGCAGCCGUAAACACAGAGAAUGCGGCGGGCAGAAAAUUGGGCCAUACGGCUUCCUGGCAAGUCCAAACCACCCAAGGCCAUACCCUCAGCAGCAGUUUUGCGUAUGGCAAAUCUCCGUUGAGGACGGUCACGUCAUCACGCUGCACUUCAGAAACUUCAGCCUGGAGACUCAGGAUGUGUGUGACUUUGACUAUGUGGAGGUGCAUGACAGCAGCAACACUGAUGCUGGAAGAGUUCUGGGAAGGUUUUGUGGCACCACCCUCCCACCUGACCUGACCUCAUCCGGCCAACACAUGACUGUGCUGUUUGUGGCUGACGAGGGAGUGGCUGACAGCGGCUUUAACGCAACCUAUCAGUCCAUAUCGCUGCUGGAUAGGACAUGCGGUCCGAAGCAGUUUGCCUGCAGUAGCGGCGAGUGUCUUCACCCGCGUUGGUUGUGCGAUGGCUGGAACGACUGCCCUGAUGGAGCAGAUGAACGAGAUUGCAGCAACUCCACUUAUCCUCCCUUCACUUCCCCGUGUGAGUCAAUCGAGGUGGAGAUGUGUCAGGGUCUUAGCUACAACCUCACCUCAUUCCCCAACAUUUGGCUCUCCAUCGCCGAUCAGCGAGAAGCUACCACUCUUCUGCGACAGUACAGGGUUCUGAUGGAGCUUGCCUGCUUCGAGCCAUUGCGCAAACUGGUUUGCGGGAUGUUCUUGCCACAGUGCAACCCUCACGGAGGCGUCCUCCAGCCCUGCCGCUCUGUCUGCUCCUCGGCCGAGCAGAAGUGCAGCCAAGCCUUGGAUCUUUUCUCCUUUAGCUGGCCCUUCAACUGCCACCUCCUGCCCGACACACAGGACCCCUUUGAGUGCUCGGUGCCUUGAUCGCUACAAAAGUAAAGCACUAAAAGCAAUAUGAAAGAGUUAAAGUCAUUUUGGAAAAGGUUCAAAAGUUAGAUGAUCCAAAUUCCUCUAAAAAAUUUAAUAUAUCAGCUGGUCUCUUAACUGCAAGACAUUUCCAGUAUUCCACUUGGUACUAUUUCCUUUAUUGCCUUGUCAAGGUACAAGGAAUAAAAACGACCGGAAGCAAAUUUUUCCAAGUGAUCUUUAAUGCAUUUGUCCUUGAACAUACCAUGUUCUGACAUAAUAUAAUAUGUUCAAUCUGAAAUAGUACAGGUUUGAUUCUGAGUGAGGUAAAAACGUGAUAAAUGUAAUAAUAAAUAUCCGGGACUCACGGAUUUCACAUAUCGUCUUGUAAGCUGCAAAUAACUUAUGGAAACUCAUUUAAUCAAUUCAUUCCAUUCAGUCAAUCAGAAGAUGUG